GCACCUAUACAUUUUAGGACCCCAACUCUUGCCAAGUCUUUAAGUGUUCAGUACGCAUGCGCAUACUUCCUCUUUUUCCAGCAGGAAUCAUGGCGGGCGUAGAAGAAAAGAAGAAGCUACCAUCUGUUCCAGAAUCCCUUCUGAAAAAGCGAAAGGCUUUUGCAAUACUGAAGGCCAAACGCCUAAAGAAGAAGAUGGCUGUAAAAAAGCUUCGUAAAAUACGGAGGAAAGUUAUCUAUGAAAAAGCUAAAGCCUACCAUAAGGAGUACAGACAGAUGUACAGAAGUGAAAUCCGGCUGGCUCGAAUGGCACGCAAAGCUGGCAACUACUAUGUACCUGCUGAACCGAAGUUAGCUUUUGUGAUAAGAAUCAGAGGUAUCAAUGGUGUUAGCCCAAAGGUCCGAAAAGUUUUGCAGCUUCUUCGUCUUCGCCAAAUCUUCAAUGGCACUUUUGUUAAGCUUAACAAGGCUUCCAUUAACAUGUUGAGGAUUGUGGAACCAUACAUUGCAUGGGGUUACCCAAACCUGAAGUCUGUGAACGACCUGAUUUACAAACGUGGUUAUGGCAAGAUCAAGAAACAGAGAAUUGCCCUGACAGAUAAUGCCCUUAUUGCAAAAUCUCUUGGUAAAUAUGGAAUUAUCUGCAUGGAGGACUUGAUCCAUGAGAUCUACACUGUUGGCAAACACUUUAAAGCUGCCAACAACUUCCUGUGGCCCUUCAAAUUAUCUUCGCCACGAGGCGGAAUGAAGAAAAAGACUACACAUUUUGUGGAAGGUGGAGAUGCUGGUAACAGGGAAGACCAGAUCAACAGGCUUAUUAGAAGAAUGAACUAAAGGUCUCUAACAUGAUUAUUUUUCUAAUGGUCUGUUAAUAAAAAUGCCUGACAAAAUUGA